GGGUAGCGCAACAUGGCGGCCUCCGAAGCGGUACUGCAAACAUUCAGACAUCUGUGGAAAAUGACCACCUCAGGACGGAAUUACGAUAGAGUUCUCAAGAGUGUUAAUAUUGUGUCUGUUUCCCCGAACCGUGGCAGUUCUCGCUGUGAACUGACUGUUGAAGAGGAGCACUCCAAUGGUCAGCGAACACUGCACGGUGGCUACAUGACGAUGAUGGUUGAUACGUUAACGUUGGCCACGCUGGCAAUGCAAGUGGGCAGAAUAGGAGUCAGUGCACAGCUUAACAUGAGUUUCUUUCGAUCAGCGGACAUUGGAGAAAAAGUCUCGAUUGACGUUGAUGUCAUCAAAGCUGGCAAGAGCACGGCCUUCACCCAGGCACACAUACUGAACGCUAGCGGUGAAAUUUUAGCCUGGGGGACACACAUCAUAUCUCUGACGAAGACCAGAGGUUUGGAAAGCUUGAGCCAAGUUUAAUGGUAUGCCGGAAUACAGUGUACUGGAGGAAGGUUUUUAAAGAAUGACGCCAGAACCUUUGAUGCUCCCUGCUUGCAAAUUGUUUGAUGAAUCUACUGCAGAAUGUAGCAGAAUACGGGCAGUUCACAAUAGUGCGCCUCCAAGAGUUUGCAACGUGUUGACCAAUCACAGUGGACAAAAUCUGUCGACCCUUUCUGAAUGCGCAUUAGGUUGACAGAUUUCUCUCACUGUGAUUAGUCAAUGCUUUACAAACUCUCAGAGGCACACUGUUGUGAAUCGCACGUAUGAUAUGACCUGUAACCCUUGCAUUUAGCAAGAAGUUACCACCGUGGUCCACAGUUGUUGUGCAGCGGUGCAUUGAUUACACAGGAGAGUGGGAGUUGUUGCGCAACACAAUAGCAAAUGGCCUAUUCGCUCUUGGCACGCUGCCGCCACAGGCAUGCAGAGCCUCGAACUGACACCUUGUUCAAUAGCGUCAGAAUCAUUUUGUCCAAUUGCAUGGUAUAAGAACUAAUGCAGUAAGCAUAAAAUUGCAUGAGCAACAUACACGAGAAUCACUGAACCGGCGGCAAAAAGGUAUAUUAAGUUGGGCAAUGCAAAAACGAGUAAUGGCCCAUUCCAUGUGCCGGGGUACAAAUGUUUGGAAAUAUUUUGAUGCCAAUUGCUUGACUACAAAGACUCUGCUGCUAAGGAAAACCAAGAGCGUGUCUACAUGUAAAUUAAGUUUAUUAUUUCUGUCCGUUAUGUUUAAAGGGCAUUAUCUCGAAAAGCAUGUGUGGUAAAAUGAAAUUGUAUGAAUAUGCAAAUAGUGCAAAAUUCCACAAUGCGAAAUGCUACAGAGAUGAAUUAUUUAUGGAAUGAAAGCUUAGGAUCUGAGCAAUUUGAUUAUAACUCAAAUUCCAAAAAAUGUGACAUUAAUUGUGUAAAGCGGCCAGAUCAAGGCUCUGCAUGCCCAUGGCUGCAGUGUGCCAAGAGGAAAUAGAGGGAUUAGCAUGCAGGAACACAGACAUCACAAGAAACAAUCUGGACCAGCAAUGACCUUCAAUCAGCUCACAUAGGUCACUGAAGCCAUGGGCAACCAUCUUACUGUGCCUAUACAAAGGUGAUACAAAGACUUGCUCGCAAUUGCUAACCAAAUGGUUGUUGUCAACAAUAGUUACAUUGGCAAGCAAGUCAACCUUUACUGUAGUAUUCGGCACAGUAAAAUGGCCGUCGGUGGCUUCAGUAGGUACAAGAUCAAGUCCAGAUUUUUUAUGUGACCUGGAUAUGCCAACGAGAUCGAUACAAAAUUGGGCAUGAUGUUGGAGGUGACUGCUUUCAGCAUUCGCAGUUCGGCUGUGUUGGAUUUUGUUGCAUUUUAACAGCAGAUCUUUAGGGUCAGUGGAGUCAGAACUUUACCACUGAGGUAUUGAUGGCAUCAUUUGAAGUGUAGGAAUGUGGGGUGCACUUGCAGGUUUUUUAAAGCCUGGACUUUUUCGAUUACAGUUUUAGGAAUUUUGUCACCAGCGAUAGCUGAGUGCAGGUAGAUUUUUCUGGUGCACAAAGAUUUAACACACAAGGUUUCAGUUUCGGUUUCAGCACUUG